UUUGAUGCGCAUGCGUAUAGUAACUUUAAUAUAAUAACCUGUUCUUUGAAAAUUUUUUGUGAAGCUUUGUAAAAUCAUCCAAACUGAAUAAAAAUUAUAGGAAAGAUUGAAGUUUAUAUAUGCUUCAAUUCUCACACCAAAAAAAUAGUCAUUACAAAAAAAUCCAUUACCAUCUCUAUCGCCAAAAAUGCUCAGUGAAAUACAAAUCGCUUUAGAAUUUUUAAUUUCAUUCCUUCACAAUAAAUUACCAAGAUACAAAGUUUUAAAAUUUAGUGAAAAACUUCAAAAUCGUUUAAUAUCAAGAUUUGAUGGUCAUUGGUAUCCUGAAAAUUCAUCUAAAGGAUCAGCUUUCCGCUGUAUAACAAUUGGCAAUAGUAAAAUUGACGAAGUUGUACGUGAAGCAGCAUUGGAUGCAGACAUUGAUAUUAACACUUUGAAAUCUGCCUUUUCCUGUGAUUUAAGUGUUUGGGUGGAUCCAAAUGAAGUUUCUUAUCGUACUGGAGAAAAUGGAUCAAUUAAAAUCCUUUAUAAUUUAAAUAAUUUUACACCACUACCAACAAUUAGUUACAAUCAAAAUAAAUUUUAUAAUCCUUCCACACAUUAUUACAAUGACACUCAUGGUCAACAAUCUACGGGUAGUGACAAUUUUUCUCCAUUUUCAGACAGUGUUUUGAUUUCUUCAUCAAAUCAAGAACAGGCAAACACCUUCUAUAACAUAUAUGAUUCACCAAAUUAUUUUGAUGAAACAACUUUGAAUUACUUUGAUAAUGAUAAUGACGAAACAUAUGUUUAUGACAAACCUGACUUUAUAUCUAACAAUAAGCAGCAUGAAAAACAAAAUAUAAGUCCCAAUUCUAUGCUCAAUCUAAGUAUCACUUCACAUUUUACCUCAAAUUACACUGAACCUACACUUUCUUACAUUAACAAUUAUUCUCCUGAAUACAAUGACAUAUCUAAUCAUAGCCGACCCCCUACUGCAUCUCCUACAUAUUUAUUUAAAAACCAAUAUAACUAUAAUUUCUCAAAAGAUCAUUCCUUUUCUAAUUCAGGUAGUCAAUAUAUUGCAUUAACACCACCACCUUCAUUUCCUCAUCAAUAUCCUUCAAAUACACAUUUUAAUCAGCCAAAUAAUUCUCAUUUUAAUAAACUAAACUAUAAAUUUAUGUCAACUUCAUCAAAAUAUCAGUAUCAAUCUCAAAAUUACAGGAAGAAAAUGGGAAAUAACAGUAUUAACUUUUAUAAAGGAACAUCAUCACCAUAUUAUCAACAAUUUCCAAUUAAUCCUAAAUUAAAUUCUAAUACAUCUAAUUCUUCAAUGGGGAAUAUUAGAAGAGGUCUUAAUUUUUCACCAAACCAAACUCAAUCUAUUUAUCCUGCUUCAAAUUUUGUAAAUGAAGAAAAUUUUAAUGUUGCUACUGAAUUAUAUGAAAGUCCAUUAAAUUCUAACACCUACAAGAAUGAGAAUUAUCAAAUUCCACUAAGUGAAGAUAAUUUACAUGCUAUUGAAAAUGAUUACAAUGGUGAAUUUUAUAGAAAUUCCAAUUUUUUAAAUAAUAUGAAUUCACCUUAUAAUGAAAAAGAUAAUCAGACCUGCAAUUUUUUACCACUAAAUGUAAUGAGUGAAAAGGUGAAUACAUUUAAUACAACAACUUCAACUGAUAAUAACUUAUUAAACAACAUUGAUGUCAUGACAAAUAAUCUUCAACAUUUACUAGUUGCCAAUUGAUUAUAUUUUCUACAGAUGUGUUAUAAUAUAAAAAUUCUCAUUUUGCUAGUAUUUAACUAAUAUUUAAAAUUAUCUUUUUAUGCAAUCUUUUUUUACUAUAGAUAAGACAAUGUCAUUUCUUCACUCAUUUUCUCUUUUAAUUUUGGUCUGUGAUUCAUUAUGCAAUUUUAUUUCAUAAUCUAUUUUUAUUUAAAUAAUUGAUAUCAAAACAUAAUAUAUUUAAAUUUAUAGAUAUAAAUUAUGAUUAUGUAUGUCUAAUUUUUAACCAAUUGAGAUUAUUAAUUGAAUUGCCCUCUAUAACUCAUUGUUUAAAAUAUAUAAAUCGUUUUUUAAUUUAUUAGAUUCAAUAUUUUAUAUCAAAAAUAAUUUAUUUUGAUAAUAUUUAUAUACAUGUUUUAAAUUACAUAUAAUUAAAUAAUUGUGGAAAAUAACAAAAAUAUUAAAGGAAGAUUGUGCAAUGGUGAUGAUCAACCUGAUCUCUUAUAUGAUGUAUUUUUAAUUGUCAUUUAGGAAUUUAUUGUAAUUUUCCUAUUUAUUUAUUUAUAGAUAUAGUUAUAAAAAUAA